AGUGGUUGGUCACCCCAUUUCAUAACAAACAACAAAACUAUUAUUGGACCUUUCCAAAUAUCAACCAAAAAACAACAGCCAGUGCAUGAUUGAGGACCUGUGGAUAUCGAGGACCCACUGCCAGAUCGAAUGGCGUCAGAGGAGCGGGACGGGGACCAUUUGCUCCAGCUGCAUCCCGAGGAAAUCGGGCAAAAUGACGCACAGCUGCCCGGGGAAAUAGAGCGGUGUACUGGUCUGAGUUACAACGACUUCUUCUGGCGCUACAUGCACAAGAACUUCCCGGUCAUCAUAACGGACGUCUCCAACGACUGGGAGUGCCAGAAGUGGACCGUUCUCCAGGCAUCCAGGGAUCUCAACUCCAAUACGAGUGCAUCUUCCAUCAACUUUGACUACCUCAAAACCAGAAUUCCCAAUUGCCCGGUUCCAGUCGCCGACUGUAACUCAUCGUACUUCAAUAGUCACACCAAACUGGAGCUCAACUUGCACGAUUACCUGGAUAAAUGGCGGAGCAGCAUUGAGAACCAAUCAUCGGCGUCACAGGAAGUCAAUAGCAAUGUGGAUACCACGAGCAGGGACAAUCUCUACCUCAAGGACUGGCAUCUGGCUGCCCAAAUGCCGGGAUAUAACUUCUACAAGGUGCCUAAAUACUUUGCCUCCGAUUGGCUGAACGAACAACUGAUUGACCAGAAGAAGGACGACUACAGAUUCGUCUACAUGGGACCCAAGAACUCAUGGACCUCCUAUCAUGCGGAUGUUUUUGGCUCCUUCAGCUGGUCCACCAACAUUGUGGGCCUUAAGAAAUGGUUGAUAAUGCCGCCUGGAGAGGAGCUCAAGCUGAACGAUCGCUUGGGUAAUCCGCCCUUCAGCAUAGACGAGAAAAUGCUAGAUGAACACAAUGUCCGAUAUUACACCAUCAAUCAGCGGGCCAAUGAGGCUGUUUUCGUGCCCAGCGGCUGGUUCCAUCAGGUGUGGAAUCUGUCCGACACCAUAUCCAUCAAUCACAACUGGUUCAAUGCCUGCAACAUAGCCAUGGUAUGGCAGAACCUCAGGAACAACUUGAAGGCCGUUUGCAAAGAGAUCUCCGACUGCCAACAGAUGGAUAAUUUUGAGGCCCACUGCCAGACAAUGCUGAGGGCCAGCUUUGGUAUCAACUACCUCGAUUUUAUAGAGCUCCUGGAGUUCAUAGCCACUCGCCGGUUGGCCGAGAAAACCGCAGCCACCAAGUUUUUACUAUUCGAUAGCUAUAGAAAGAACGACUAUCAUGUGCAAUACGAUCUCGAGUGCUUAAGGAUGGUCACAAGGACACUGACAGAGGAUCCGACUGUUCAGCGCAGUCCUCUUCGUUUGGAUGAACGCUGUCGGCAACUGCUCGCCCGAUUAGAAUUUUAGUAAUAGCACGUGGAAAGGCCUUGGCAUAUUUUUAUACCAAACUUGUAUUCAUAUACAACCGAUAGUCAUAAUAUUUUAAUACAGAUAUUUAAACACCAA